AUGGACAUACCAAUUCACGUACUCUUCGACAUCAUGCUUAAGCUACCAGCUGUUUCCCUCGUACGAUGUUAUUCCGUAUGUUCCAAAUUCAAAUCCAUUGUUUCUGAUUAUUCCUUCCAACUAUCCUAUUUCUCAAAAGCCCCUAUUUCAAUCGUCGUUCUCUCCGAUCGCCACCGCAUCACAUGCAUCGAUUCAUCUCAAAACCUAAACCCUAUCCAUUCUUCCGAUCACGGAUCAUCAUCCUCUUGUAUGGCCAUGAGAUUACAACCUAAUUCUAACAACACAUCUGAUUCUUCUUCCAAGCGAAUCAAAACAAUUCAUCAUCAUCAUCAUCAUCAACAACCAUCCAGCAGCAAGUUCGUCUCAUUUCAUAUCCAUAAGCGUAUGAAUUUGAUCAAUUCUAGCAACGGUCUUUUGUGUUUACGCGGAUCUAAUCCUCACUCUCAAUCUCAUUAUUAUAUCUGCAAUCCUUUGUUGGGUGAGCUUCUUAAUAUUCCACCUGCCCCAAGUGCUCCCGAUCGAAAUCUCUGUUUUUCUGCUUUUGGCUUUGAUCCCAAGACUAAAACUUUCAAAAUUCUUCAGCUUGUUUCCAAAUCUAAUAAAUUGGUGGCUGAAUUGUACCAAUCUCCUCCUCAUUCAGGGGGGGUUAAAACCUGGUCUGUCAUCUCAGAUGUACCCUCUGCCAAACCUAAACCUAACAGUUCAUUCGAUCCCUCACUCAAUGAUGCACUUCACUGGGUCACAGAUGGUGCAAUUUCUGAAUUGAUAUACUCAUUUGAUCUCAACAGUAACAAAUUCAAAUCCAUACCGUGUCCUUCUCACUUUGUGGAUGAUGAGUAUGUCAGUAAUAUCUCAGGGAUGAGUGUUGGAGUCUUAAAAGGUUGUUUGUGUCUUUGCUAUGUUGUUGAAGGUAAAAGGUUCGAGACAUGGUCGAUGGACAAGUACGGUGUCAAGGAGUCUUGGAGAAUGGCAUUUAGUAUUGACAUAAAGUCAUAUUGUGGAUGGAGUCCACAGGACAAGCACAGACCAAUCGGGUUUAACACUUGUGGAGAUAUGUGGCUCAUGGCUGAUUCUAUUUCUCAAUCCUCUUCCCAAUGUCUUGUCUCUUUUAGCCCUGAAACGGGUGUCUUUAGACAUAUUGAUAUUGGGGGCAAUGCAUCAAACAUUCAAGUCAUUCCUCAGGUUUUGAGCUAUGUUUCAAUUAAGCACAUGGUUAAUAUUCGUCGCAAACAACACCAGCUCCAGAAAUUAAGCUCUGCCCAAAACUAUGCCUUAGGGUUCAAUUUAUUUGUACUGGAAAACUUUCGAUAG